UCCCCCUCCCCUUGUCUCCGCUGUCAUGGUGGCUUUCCGUUGCCGUGGUAACCGCGGGGCAAAUAAGGAUCAGGCGAAGGGGGCGAGAAGGUCGUGGGCUGGCUGCCACGAAGGCAAGAUCUACCCGCUCGCAAGGGUAGGCGGAGGGGGCGGCGGUCUUUGGCUGGAGUGGACAUCCCCCCCCCCCGCCCGUCCCGCCUAUCUCACGCCUGGGUCCUAUCUCCAGCCCAGCUUUCUCCAAACAGGUAUCCUCAUGGCGUCUGGGAAUGGUGGGAAUGUUAGUCCUAACACAGCUGCAGGAGUUCCGUCCCUCUCCGCAUUUGCAAGAGCCCUGCGGACUCCCUCGUGCAAAGGCAAAGCCUAGAUGCCUUGGAAUCUCUCCUCCCGCAGUUGGCAUCCAACAGGUCGAGAAGUCCGGAAGCGCAAGGAUUGCGCUCACUCCAUCUUCAACCCAGGGAGUUCUGGUGCCGUCUCGAGCCCGCCAGUCCAGAGCGGUCAGCCCAGCCUGGGAUUCUCGGCUCUCCGUAACCCCUUCUUUAGGAAAGAAUCCCUGGCGUCCUGGUUUCAAUAGAUCUCCCGCCUCGGCCUGAGCAGAGAGAUCCAGAGACCCUCAAUUUCUCCCGCCUCGUUCUAGCAGAGAUCGGGCUCACGCCAGUCUUCCGCGGGGUUCAGACCGGACCCGAGACUCUGCCUGGAGCGCUCCUACCCGCGGACACCGUGCAACCCCGAGCAGAGAGUUGACGGAACCAGGCGUCCGGCCCGCUGCCCGGCUCCGCCUUCUCUCCAUGUGACAGGCGCCGUCACUGCUGCAUCCCCGGCGCUGCAACCAGCGGCCUGCACGGCUCGUCAGAGGCAGGAAGAAGAGCGGAUCCGCCCCCUCUCCCCCUCCCCGCACCUUCUCCCCCAUUCACCCUCCCCGGCACAUCCCAGAGCACCCACGCCGAGUGGCAAGGCGGUCCGGCUACGUCAAGGUCUUGCGGGGGACACUCGCCGCCUCCCCACGGGAGAGAGCCCGCCUCGCCAAGCCUUCCCGACGGCGAUCCAUCCCAGCGGAGAGAGCCUCAACUUGAGACCGGUCUGCAACCCCAAGUGGGACCAGCAGAGGUGGUGGGAAAGAGCAACAGGGCCAGCGGACGAACUGAGAAGAAAAGUGGGAACUAGGGGACCAAGAAGGGUCGUUCUCGCCUGGGAAACAGCAAGCGGACUGGCAAGCCACCCACCUCCCGGCGGCAGAGCUGGGCCCCCCUACCCAGCCCAUGGAGCCGCCGGGAUCUGGGUUGGGGGGCACUGCCAUGCUCACUGUCAUGGAUCCUUCAGUCACUCUGUGGCAGUUUCUUCUGCAAUUGCUGGAACAGCAGAGCAAUGGGCAUCUGAUUGCAUGGACAUCCAAUGAUGGGGAGUUCAAGCUGGUGGAUGCAGAAGAGGUUGCACGACUCUGGGGCCUACGGAAGAACAAGACCAACAUGAACUAUGACAAGCUGAGCCGGGCCCUGCGGUACUACUAUGACAAAAAUAUCAUCCGUAAAGUCAGUGGUCAGAAAUUUGUCUACAAGUUUGUCUCUUACCCGGAACUUUCGAGUAUGGAAGGCAUGAAGGACGAGGCAGGUACCAAAAAACCUGAGCAGGUCCCAGGUGAGGCCAAAGGGGCUGAAGGAGCAUUUGGUACCUCCAAAGCUCCGCGAGGAGGCGGAGGUGCCCCACGUAGCAGUCGAAAUGAAUACAUGCGUUCCGGACUGUAUUCCACUUUCACCAUUCAGUCACUACAGAACCCUUCCCCCGUUGGACGGCCCUCGCGCCAGGAGGCAGAGGUCUUGCCUGUGGUGCCUCCUCUUGCUGCUGCUCCCGAGCCAAUGGCCCCCUUUUCCAUGGCCCCAGUGGAGGACCUCCCACAACUACAUAUCAGCAUUGAAGAACCAGAGGACUCUCAAGAGUCCCUGCAGGUCAUAGUGGAGCCCAUUCCUUUGGAGACUCCUGCCCUUGAUGAGAAGGUGCUAGUGAAAGUGGAGGAGAACCUGGACCUUGACGAAGAAGCAGCUGCUCUGAUGGUUUUAAUGGAUGGCGGAGUGAAGGAAGAGACGGCUCCUCCGGAGAAGUCUGCUCCAGAGAAGGAAUCUGUGGAGGCCGAUCUACAACAAGACGGAGAGAGGCUACUGAAGAAGGAAGCCCAGUUAUCUCCCAGCCUGGUGUCUGUUUCUCUUGAGGGACAGCCGCAGAAGGGCAAGAAGCCUAAAGUCUUGGAGCUUCCUUCACUGCCAACUCAAGAAAAAGUGAAUGCAGCUGUUAACAGCCUCCUGGCGCCGGGUGGAACGGGAAGCACCUUGACACCAACCACGGUUAUUUCCUCACAUGCACUGACUCCAGUACUGCUCACCCCAAGUUCCUUGCCACCCACCAUCCAUUUCUGGAGUACCCUGAGCCCCAUUGCACCACGUAGCCCAGCCAAGCUUUCCUUCCAGUUUCCCAGUAAUUCUAGCUCACAGGUUCACAUCCCGUCACUCAGUGUGGAUGGACUCUCCACUCCUGUAGUCCUUUCUCCUGGUCCCCAGAAGCCAUAAUCUUUCCUCUGCAUCACCAUAUUCUCUACUCCUGCCAAAGAACUGGCUUGAGUCUCUUUUCAAGCACUUGGGUCUACUUCAGCUAGACAGCUAUGUGUCCCUUCGUUAACUGGAAGAACCCUUUGAUGAUUCAAGCCGCGUCAGCUUGAAGAAUGAAAAUGGCAUAGCAAGCAGAUUCAUCCAUUAAUCUUUGAUCUGCCAGAAUUUUUCUUUGAAACCAAAUGGUGUUUUGCUGGUAUCAAGCACUUGAUGUGUCGCACUUGCUUCUUGUUGCAAAAUUCAGGCAGCCCUCAAAUGCGUCUGUGAGGGCAACGAGAAUAUAAGCUUUAUUUGGUCUCCUCUCCAAGAGGCUGCCCUUAUUUGACACUGUUGUGGCAAUAUGGCUUUCUUUAUCUGUCCCCUGUGGUGGUAAUCACUUUUAAUAACAGUUCAUCUGAUGGUCCAAGGUCAAGAAGGCUACCAAUCUUCAUCCACUUUGCAAGAUAAAUCAAGUCUCUCACUUCAUCUCUACCUUUUUUUUUUUAAAACUGGCUUACUUUUAGCUUAGUAAUUAUUAGAGAAGUAAGUAGAUCCUGCCAGCCAGGUUCAUUUUAGGAGAAUACAAAGAAACCAGUGCCAGUCCUAUUUGUUUUGUCUGUAUAUGGACAACACGUUGAUAUGCAAGCCAUUUUUGUUUUGGCAGGAUAUACAAUCGUAAGGAAUUUUGGUCAGCUUUGAUCUUGGAUGGGUAGGUGUGGGAGUGCCAAAGCAACUGCAGGUGAACAAAGUAGAGAAGAGGAAGCACUGUUGAUCAUGUUUCUUCCAAGAAUACUGACAAGUCAUUAUUGUAUUUGAUUUGGUUUCAUAGAGGGGGGGAAAAAUAACAGGAUGUGUUUGCUGUGCAACACAGUAGGAAUAAACUGUCAGCCAUCUUCUAUUUGACCAGCAAAAGCAACAGCAUCAGUUGCAUUUAGGUUAAACUCAGUUAAUUGUGGGUUUUGUUUUGUUUUUUUACUCACUGAAGUUGGAAUGUUUCUGGUAUUUCUUUGGGAGAAAAAUUCUCCAUCUGACACCAAAAUGGUGGUGCUGGGGAGGUUUUGUUCAUUUCCCCCCAUUGGUCAAAAGUCACCGAUUCGUCAACAUGGAGACCAGAGAAUGAAGUCUGCUUACUGAAUUCAAGACCUAUUUUUUUUGUAGCAGAAUGGUUUCCUUAAUUUAUUUACUGGCGAUCAGAGGUCAUGACAGAAAUGGCCAAAGGGGAAGUCUUAACCCUCUCCAUUUUUGACUGCUUUUUAUGGUUUCAUUUCUGUCAUCAUAGAAGUAAUAUCAGGCAUCAGCUAUUAUGGUGGAAAAUGUUUAAUUACAGAUUGAUCCUGAUCUCACAUACCUCUCCAGUUUUCUUCCAACUCUUGAGUCAUCCUGGAAACAGCAAAUGACAAAUCCACCAUCUUACAAUCUUCUGGAACCAAAAAAGCUUUUUUUAAUGGAAACAGUGGAAAUGGUAUAUUUCUAUAGUUCCACAUUUUAUUUCAAAGGCAUCAUAAAGGGACUCUGCAAAGGGCUGUGUCUCUUUGUCAGUGGGUUUAUUAGAACUCAUAUAUUCAGAUGACAAGAAUUUCAUCACUAGUCUAUUGUGGGGUUUUUUUGGAGAUUAUCCAUAAGUAUUUGUUAAUGCCAUAAAAGAUAUGCUAUUUCAGAGGUAUCAGCCAAUUCUUAAUCAGAGUUCCUGGCACCUUCUAUUUUUUCACAGAGUAUCUAUAUCUAUAUAUCACAAUUUUAUCUAUUGUCAAGAGAGUUGUAUUAAGAGAAAAGGAGAUGGUUCAGAUCUAUAUUUAUCUUUUCGUCUGUCCAUUUUGAUAGCUAUUUUUUAAACCGCAGGAUGGGAAUGAGAGAAGAUUCUUUUAAAAUGAAGUUGGAAAGCAUUUGGCUCUCUAAUUGUUUGUAUGUACCUGUGUACAAAUUUUGAAGUGAAAAGAAGAUAAGGGCGUAGUGUGGAAAAAUGUGAUUUUGAAAUUAUUCCCAGUAGAGUUUGCAAUGGAACUUCAGUAAUGAUGGACCAGGUUCUCUAUAAGAGCAGUUUCCAACUGUGAUGGUUGAAGAUCUCAAGUUUUAGUCCAAACUAUUGAGAAGACACCAGUCUGAAGCCUUUUCCAGGGUGUAUUUGGAGAGAGUGUGCGGUCCCAUAGACACUAUCUUGUCUUGCGCUGAAAGUGUUCCCUACACUGUCCUUUGGAAUCCUUGGUAUCAUUCCAGGAAUACUAACAGCUACUGAGCAGUUCCUUAGAAUACGGAUAACGAAAAUGGGCUCUGUAAGAGCAAAUCAACACAUUAAUACCAAUAGGAAGGAUUGAAGCAAACAUUUGAUGAGAAGGUCAGGCCAGACUCUAGAUUUAGAAAAUCUGUCAUUGGAGAAUGACUUCACUAAAAUUAGUGAUCACUGGGAUUUAGAUUAGAAUGUCAGAACAUUUGUGGGUUAAAAUCUUGCGUAUGAGUCAAUCAUGAUGAAAAUGGGCAGCAGGGUAAGGGACCCAGCUAAAAAAGCAAAAGAAGAAUGUGCCUGAAUUUUUUGAAACUAACAGGCUUACAAUUUGUACUGUACUCCCAAGUUGAUUUUUCUAUCCUCUAGCACAGAGGUCUUCAAACUUGGCAGCUUUAAGACAUGUUGACUUCAAUUCCCAGAAUUCUCCUCAGAAUUCUCUCUCAGAAUUCUGAGAGUUGAAGUUCACAAGUCUUAAAGCUGUCAAGUUUGAAGAUCUCUGCGCUAGCAGAAGUCUCAUUCAGUAUGUAAAACUUUAAUUAAAUUACCUGGAAAACUGACUGCAGAGAGGUGAACUAGGAGCAGGAUUUCACCAUCUAGAUGCCAACUUGCUUUUAACUCACUCCCUGCUCCAACUUUUCUAAGUGAUUGGUGUAGAAGUGAGUUUAAAAGAUAUGCUACAUUUAUGCCCAAUGGAGCGCUGUUGUAAUUUUGAAGUGUUGGGAUAGAAUCCGAUUUCAUAGAGAAUUAAGCAAGUCUACCUGGAUUUAUUCUGGCAAGAAAGAGAUGAAACUGAGUAGAAGAUUCAAGAUGUAAUCAAUAUUUUAGAUACCGGAUUUGGGAAGGCUUCAAAAGCGAACAUAUAUAGCCAGAAAAAUAUGGUUUAUUUUUAAUCAUCCUAUUCUGUAGCAUUAAUAAUAAUGAUGAUUAUAUUUUUGUUGCACUUCCCUAUUGCCUCCUCCUGGGAGAAAUCUAAGUGCUUUAUAAGAGGUGGUUUACAGUUUUAUUUAAUAAAUUAGGCACUUUGUGUAAUCAGCAAUCUGCAAAACAAUCAGGUACAAUUCAUGGGUGUUACCAUUCAAAUCAUGUGUAAAUUGUAUGUGAUUUGUGUAUAAGUAAACUGUGAGCACAGCAUGCAUGUGUGUGGGUGUGGGUAUGUGAGUGUAUAUACACACACAACACACAUACACACAUAUACAUAUGCACACAUGCCUGCUAUACUCAUAUAUUCAGCAAACAGAUGGAAAGGAAGACUAUAUUGUGGCUGAGCACAAAGCAUCCAAGCUGAUGUGUAAAAAAUGAACAAACAGGUAUUUUGUGGCACAUUUAUGUAAUGCCACUAGUACAUCAAGAGUAAGUAUUUGCAUUGUAAUGGAUCUGCUGUGUACUUUCCGACAAUAACCUUCAGUUUCAUUUAAGCCUUCCUACAUGCAAGCCAUGGGUAAACCAUGAGUAGCCAUCAGUAAAAUUGCAAACAUUGUUUCUUGUAAACUGUAAGUGAAAUGUGGUUAUACUUUGAGUACACCAUAUGCAAACAAUAAGUCAUGUAAGCCAUUAUUGACCUAUGGUCAAGCCAUGUGGAAGCCGAUACAAAUGUUUAAAACCCUUUGGGGUAUGGUUGCUUUCUUAAGUCAUUGGCUUUCCACAUUAAACCUCUGUUUUUCUCAUGCAGGUGCCAUUGGGCUUGCCCAGUUUUAUUGAGAGCACCCAGCAAAGUAGCUUUACAAGUAUCUUGUCUAGGUCCAGUGGCUGCUUCGGCACCCUCCAUCCUGAAGCUUGGUCUUCAGGGUUAAUUGCUUUAAAGUCCUAAUAGGGCUUAGGAGGGUGUGGCUCCCAGAGCUAAACAGUAGCGCUAGGUUCCUAGUCUUUCCUCACUUCAACUUGUGCAGCUUUCAGAAACUUUGUGCUAGAGUAAGACAAUAUUUUGUAGCCAUAUAUUAUUGCUGACACAUACAACAAAGGUAUCCCUGCUAUGGCGGCAUGUUCAAGGAGCAAUUGCAAAAGGACUAUUAAAGAAAAUUGCAAACGUUUUACACACACACAUACACACACAGGGAAGCACACAAACAUAUAAAGAUACAUAUAUAUAUGUUUUCUGAGGUUUUCGCGGGUGUUUGUAUGUAGGUCUUUGGUUAUUCGGGUUUUCUCCCGCGUAAAAUUAGAAGUGUCUUGGCGACGUUUCAACAAAGUCUCAUUCGUCAUCUUCAGGCUUCAGCUUUGUGAAGCUGAAGCCUUUGCUCCUAGAAGCACGAAGCUGAAGCCUGAAGAUGACGAAUGAGACUUUUUAAAAAAAAAAUUAUUAUUUGCAUUUAUAUCCCGCCCUUCUCCGAAGACUCAGGGCGGCUUACAUUGUGUUAAGCAAUAGUCUUCAUCCAUUUGUAUAUGAUAUACAAAGUCAACAAUCUGGGUCCUCAUUUUACCUACCUUAUAAAGGACUUCAUUGAAACGUUCGCCAAGACACUUCUAAUUUUACGCGGGAGAAAACCCAAAUAACCAAAGACCUACACACACACACACACACACACACACACACAUUCAGAAUACAGACACAUAGGUAUAUAUUUAUAUUCUUUUCAUAAGUAACUCUUCAGGAUUCAUAGGGCUAUGGAUUCCUUUAUCUUCAAAAAAGGGAAAGCAGGUAAUUUAGAUAAUUUACUCUGAAAGUGCUUAAUGUCUUUCAAAUAACAUUAAUAAAAGUAAUUAUAAGCUGAUAGUAUUCUUACCACAAAAGUAAAUUAAUCUUAAAUGGGGAUCUUUCAUGAUUUAAGUCCAUUGAAAUCCAUGGGUUUGCUUCCAAAAAUUUUAAUUGAACUGGGUGAAGGCAGUAGAUGUGAAUCCUUUUACACCUUCCUCCUGGUGAAAAGAUGAAGUACUUUAAUAAACUGUGUACUGUAUCUGCUUGGCAAAACGUUAAAUGAGAGAGAAGCAGCAGUAUCCUUAAAAUACCCCCGCAGUUUAAAUCAGGAGACAUCCUUCUAGAUCAGAUGAGCACGAAAGUAUAUUUUCUCUCCAUUCCAGUAAAAUCCUAAAAUGCACAAUACAUAGCAUUCCUCACACUUCUCAAACAAUUGGUUUGAGUGUGUUUCUUUGACAAGAUUUUUUACAGCCAUGAAAUAAGGCACUUUGUCCUCUUACAAGAUGACAUUUAAAGGGAGGUGGCUUUUGAUGUAGAAGAGAGAAAAGGUACCUGUGAAAAAUUUGUAUUUCUACAUAAUGGCUAAAAACUGCUGAAGCUCUGGUUGCCAGCUGGCCAACUUUUCGAAAUGAGUAAAUUUAAUAGGAAAAGUUGCCACUAUUUUUAUAAACAGAGGCAGGAAUUCUUCGACAGUGCACAAAAGGCAGAAAUGAGCAGGUGCCAUUAUCAGUUGGAUGUUGAGCAGCCUUAUUUGCCCUGAAAUUGUUCAAUACUGUUCAUGAUGACAGUCCUAAAAGACAGCCAUCCAGCUUGCAUACUUAAGACCUUGUAGAAAAGGAAUCUGGAAAAUAAUGCAAGAUUCAAUCUCAAAUGUAUGGCUAGUGAAUUCAAAACAAGCCCCUUGUUUAAGACUAAAGUUUGACCUUCCAGCAAAGAUCCAAGUCUCUGCAAUGAAAUAAACAAGUGAAAAUAAAAUUAUAGAUCAAAUAAUUUCACUUGACUAAUAAAAGCCCCCAGUCUCUACCAGGAAUCUUAAAGCAUCAUAAAAUCUUAUUAACUGUAAUGUACUAGGACACAAAAUUUAAUGUCAAUGAGCUUCCAUCCCAAAGAGCUAAUAUCACAGUAUCAUUAAUUUUAAAGACCCAUUGAGGUUUGUGUUUCCUCAUGAAAGAAUCGGGUGUAGCAUUUUUCCCCCCUGGAAUGUACACUGGGUUUGCAGCUGUGAUUACAUUUUGCUCCCAUUAUAAAGUGUAUUUUUCUGCAAUGCCCAACUGGUACAUCAGUUGUUUAUUCUUUAAUUGAAAUCAAAGUGAUGGUGGUAGAGAAUGGGACAUGGUGGAGCAUUGUUGUUUAACGAGAGUACAAUCCAGGAAAAAUAUUGUUGCUCAGUUCUGUGGUUUAUAUAAAGCACCAUGACUUAAUUUCAUUCCAUUUCACAUGCUGCCUACAUUCUGCAAGUCUUUCAGCUUGCCUUUGGUCUUAUAUUUUCAAGAGGCUGCUUUUAGAUGAUUUUGAAAAGAUGGGACCAAGAAGAUAGGAUGAUCUCCGAUCCCCAUAGGGCUUGAAUAAAAUAAAGCUGGAGCCAACCUGCAUUAAUUUGGCGUGGCCAUUUUUGAUGAAAAGGGCUAAGAGCUUGAUCUGUCAUUCUGCAAAGCUUUGAUGGGAAUGUGUAUCCACAUCUUUCGGGCUUAUGUUUGACCAUAGAAAUAGGACUGUAGCCUCCAAAUUUAAUUGGGAGAAUGUCAGGGGAAAAUGAUGAUUCCCUCCUAGGCUCUGAAUGGGAUAUUUUGCACGACUGAUUUCAAGAAUAUUUGAUUUAAUUUAUAGCAAGAGAGUGUACCUAACACAUACUAAAAACCAGGAAUGUCUUUUUUGCCUUUCUCACUUGAACAUGCUGAGUCUAUGAUAUUCAGAAUUUCUUUCUUUCGCAGUGGCACUUUGAGUUGCUAAGAGUGUCAGUGUAGCAGGGAUUGGUGAGAUAAUGUGAAAAGAACGGCAAAAUCCAGGGAUUUAACAUUUUUGGUUGAAGUAGAUAUUUUGUUGGGAUUCUUUUCCCAUGGAGGAAGUCCUACAAGAUGGUCUGGGAAAUUAUUUAUUUUCCCUGUUCUCUUCAUUGUUGAACUGGUCUUGGUCCCUGAGCCAGAGGUGAUAGGGAUCUGUCCCUCUCUACUUACCUCUGCACUGGGGUUUGGAUCCUGUUUAUUUUUAUGAUGAAACUCUCUGGGAUCCUGCCCUGUAAAUAAAUUUAUUUUUCAACAAAACUCAUUCAUUGCUGAUUUCUUUUUAUUUUCCUUUCCUGUUUCCUCUACCAGACUCCAGUUCUAUAUGUCUCCAGGAAAGUUUUCCUUCUCUUGGUCCAU